UGCUUCUCUCCCUAGUGUCCAAAAAUCAACAUGUCUAGCAAAAAGGCAAAGACGAAGACCACCAAGAAGCGCCCUCAGCGUGCCACUUCCAAUGUAUUUGCAAUGUUUGAUCAGUCGCAGAUUCAAGAAUUCAAGGAGGCCUUCAACAUGAUCGACCAGAACAGGGAUGGCUUCAUUGACAAAGAGGACUUGCACGAUAUGCUCGCCUCCCUUGGAAAGAAUCCAACGGAUGAAUACCUAGAUGCCAUGAUGAAUGAGGCUCCAGGCCCCAUAAACUUCACAAUGUUCCUCACAAUGUUUGGUGAGAAGUUAAAUGGCACCGAUCCGGAAGACGUAAUCAGGAAUGCUUUUGCUUGCUUUGAUGAAGAAGCGACAGGGUUCAUCCAGGAGGACUACCUGCGAGAGCUGCUGACGACAAUGGGAGACAGGUUCACAGACGAAGAGGUAGAUGAGCUGUACAGAGAGGCACCCAUCGACAAAAAGGGGAAUUUCAACUACAUUGAAUUCACACGCAUCCUGAAACAUGGAGCAAAAGACAAGGAUGACUGAGCAAAUCCCUGGAUACCUGCAGAUAGCUUCUCCCCCCCCGCUCCCCCCCCCCAUUAAUUUUAUUUCUCAGGACGUAUUUUUUCUUUUUUUUCUUGUUGGGACCUUUUGCAUACAUUUUUAGCAUUCCAGCUUUUUCCUCUGUGGACUCUGGGGCUGCUUGGGCACACCUGCGCCUUUGUAAUAGGACUGGAAAUGGGCAGGGAGAGAGGACAGCUUACAGUGAUAGAGGUUUAGGGACAAAGAUCAGUGCGUGUGGAGGCCCAGGUAAAAAUGUCAGUGCUACUCAUCAUAGCUAGAUUAAUUUCACAUUUUUAAUGGUAACAUUUCAAAUAAAACACUGCUAUAUUAAGUACAUCAUUAAAGUUUUCAUGCUAGAAGUGGACUGUCUAUCUAAUCAUGUCUGUAAAUAUUUUUGCAAUUGUAUGCAGUUGUGUUGUUACCUAUUUUUGCCUUAAAAAUGAAGCAUAAGUCACUUAAGCAUUCUGAUGUUUGUACUUCAGCGACUGAGUACUUCACUUACUACUGUGAGCAUAUACAAUGAAGAAAUUCCCAUCCUUCAAAUUUUAGUAUGUUGUAAAUUAAUUAUUUCUGUCCAAGACUUGCACAUUAAACAUUUUAA